UAGGCCAGUCUCUGCCCCUCUCAUUAACGACUGAGCCGAUACGAGUCGGCCACACUUCUUGUCCGUUUAUUUAUCCUUUCCAAGUCGGCGCCCGUGUAAUACUUUCGACUACGCUCCAAUUUAUUUAUUUAUUUUUAGAUGACUUAAAGAAAAACAAAAAUUGAAGCAAACUUCAACUUCUUUACUUUUCUCUGUCACUCUUCGCUUCAUAAACUCUAUAGUUCGAUCGUCCAAUUUUCUCCGAUCAAACCUCGCUAUUUCUCUCUCUGCAAUUGUCGUCAUGGAUUUAGUCGACGGCAACUUCGAGCUCAGGGAGAUUCAGAAACUCCAAGGCCACAACGAUAGGGUUUGGAGCCUCGCCUGGAAUCUAGCUGCCGGAACUGGUGACAUCCGUCCGGUUUUCGCUUCUUGUAGUGGCGAUAAGACCGUUCGAAUCUGGGAGCAGAGCCCUUCCUCUAGCUCUUGGGACUGCAAGUCAGUUUUGGAAGAAACGCACACUAGAACUGUUCGAUCUUGUGCCUGGUCGCCAUCUGGGAAAUUAUUGGCCACUGCAAGCUUUGAUGCGACUACUGCCAUUUGGGAAAACAUUGGGGGUGAUUUUGAAUGUGUUUCUACUCUGGAGGGUCAUGAAAAUGAAGUCAAAAGUGUGGCCUGGAAUGCUUCUGGGUCUCUGCUUGCAACAUGCAGUCGAGAUAAAACUGUGUGGAUUUGGGAAGUAAUGCCAGGGAAUGAGUUUGAGUGUGCUUCAGUAUUGCAAGGACAUACACAGGAUGUUAAAAUGGUUAAGUGGCAUCCAAAUGUGGAUGUUUUGUUUUCCUGUAGCUAUGAUAACACCAUUAAGGUUUGGGCUGAGGAUGGUGAGGGUGAUUGGCGCUGUGUUCAAACCUUGGGUGAAUCCAGCAAUGGUCACACUUCUACCGUUUGGUCACUUUCUUUUAAUGCUGAAGGAAGCAAAAUGGUUACCUGUAGUGAUGAUCUUACCCUAAAGAUAUGGGAGACAGAUAUUGGAAGGAUGGUAUCUGGUGAUGACCACACACCUUGGAGUCAUGUUUGCACUCUCUCGGGUUAUCAUGAUCGAACAAUUUUUUCGGUUGACUGGUCAAGGGAAGGCAUUAUAGUCAGUGGAGCGGCCGAUGAUGCUAUUCGAUUUUUUGUGGAGAGCAAAGAUGGUUUGGUUGAUGGUCCUUCAUAUAGACUGCUGUUGAAAAGAGAAAAAGCUCAUGAUAUGGACAUAAAUUCAGUGCAAUGGAGCCCAGGGGAGAACCGGCUUCUUGCUUCCGCAAGUGAUGAUGGAACAAUAAAGAUAUGGGAGCUGGCAACUCUUGCUGAAACAUCUUUUUAAAGGUUUAUGAUGUUUAUGGUCUGAUAAAGUUGUAAAAACGCUCUUCUUCCCUCAUGGCCACAGGGCCUUUUUUUUCUUGUAAAAUCAAGAAAUUUGAUAUUUAUUAGGGAUUAUUAUUUAUCAGAGUGAUUGUUUAGCAAAAUUAUUGAUUAUUAUGGUAGAUAGUGUACAAUUUUGUAUUC